UACCUCCCUAUAUAAAGGAGUACAUUUGCCACUAAUCUUGCCAAACCACACUUGAUUUUCCCAAAAUCAAGUACCAAAACAUGGGAAAUCAAAGAGGACCAAGGCAAUGGCCUUGGCUAGUGUACACCUUAAUGUUAUGCAUGCUAUCUACUUGUAAUGUUUUAGCCAUGGAACCUUACAUGUAUGUUUCUCCUCCACCGCCUCACCACGGCCACCAAGGCCACCUAUACGAACACCACGGCCACCAAGGUCAUGUAUACGAACACCACGGCCAUAUUAAGUCUCCUCCACCACAAUCUCCGUACUACUACAAAUCGCCACCACCUCCAAAACAAUCACCACCUCCUUACAUCUAUAUGUCCCCACCGCCACCUCCUCCUUAUGUCUAUAAAUCUCCACCACCACCGGUACACUCACCACCACCUCCUUAUAUUUAUAAAUCUCCACCACCACCCGUACACUCACCACCUCCACCUUACAUCUAUAAAUCUCCACCACCACCCGUACACUCACCACCUCCACCACCGCCCGUGCACUCACCACCACCUCCUUACAUCUAUAAAUCUCCACCACCACCCGUGCACUCACCACCACCUCCUUACAUCUAUAAAUCUCCACCGCCACCCGUACACUCACCACCUCCUCCUUAUAUUUAUAAAUCCCCAUCACCUCCUCCUUAUAUUUAUAAAUCUCCACCACCACCUGUACACUCACCACCGCCUCCUUACAUCUAUAAAUCCCCACCACCUCCCGUGCACUCACCACCACCUCCUUACAUCUAUAAAUCUCCACCACCUCCCGUGCACUCACCACCACCUCCUUACAUCUAUAAAUCUCCACCACCACCCGUGCACUCACCACCACCUCCUUACAUCUAUAAAUCUCCACCACCACCUGUACACUCACCACCUCCACCUUACAUUUAUAAUUCUCCUCCACCACCUGUACAUUCACCACCACCCCCCUAUAUCUACAAGUCUCCUCCACCACCUCCUCCAAAGAAGUCUCAUUCACCGCCACCAUACAUUUACAAGUCUCCUCCACCACCAGUACAUUCACCACCACCUCCGUACAUCUACAAGUCUCCCCCUCCACCGGUACACUCACCACCAUCUCCAUACAUCUACAAGUCACCCCCACCUCCGGUACACUCACCACCACCUCCAUACAUCUACAAAUCACCCCCACCACCGGUACACUCACCACCACCACCAUACAUUUACAAGUCACCACCACCACCGGUACACUCACCACCACCUCCGUACAUCUACAAGUCUCCCCCACCUCCAAUGAAAUCUCCUCCACCACCAUACGUUUACGCGUCACCACCUCCACCAGCGCACAAACCACCCACCCCAUACUAUUACAACUCUCCACCACCUCCUUACUAUUAGUAACGUGUUGAUCAAAAGUGCUCAAUUUCAGUAGAUACAUAUAUACACAUUAGAGAAGAAUAUUGUAAUGUGUAGAGUUGCCACGACAAUAAGUGUUCAUUUUGGCCAGCCAUCAUGUUAUAGAGAUCAAUUGAAUAAUUGUUUUUGUUCAUGUGAAAAUGUAAUAUAUUUUUAUUAUCAUUGGAAAAGGUUCCUAAAUUUAGUAUCAA